UUAAACUGCUUACCUAAAGCACUCAAUUGAGCAAGUGUGGCGCCAUCUCGGAAAGCGGGGCCUUGAUUCAGCGCAGGGAUUCCAACGUCAUACAAGACGAGUCACAGAGCGGGCGGACACUCAAGGAAAGCGCAGGUGCCCAGUGAGACAAACAGCAGCAGGAGGGCCAUAAACAGGACACACCGGCCACCAACAGACUUUCUGAGAAGCUCUUGCAAUCCAUUUCCUCCCUCGCAAACCUAACACACACACACACACACACACGCACCACCUCCUCACUUCUUCCUUUUACUCUUCAUCUUUCUCCCCCCUUUUCUUCCACUCUUUCAAUCUACCUACUAUCGCGCAUCGCUGUGCAUCGCAAACAAUCAUUGAAAGGCGAUCCCCACAGCAAAGCGACCGGACCUACAUUCACAACAAGUGACGACGACACUUGGGUUCUCUAUUGCUGAUUCCAUCGACCUGUCGAGGUCGGCGACGCAACUCUUACCUUUCUCUCUCUCUCUCUCUCUCUCUCUCUCUCUCUGGCAUCCUCCCUUUAUUUAUCCAGCAGGCAUGGCGCCAGUAAUGGACCUCUUCGCUCGAGAUAGCAUCUGCGGAUACGGCUACUAUUACGAUGGAUUCGGUUGUCGGCGCAGGAGCGGCUGGUACUUUUGGGGCAGAUGGGUGCUCGCCGGCAUCGCCAUCGUUCUGGCAUUGAUUCUCUUGGCUAGCUGCCUCUGCAUUACACGACGGAACCGUAGACGCGGCGUCCAGCCCAUGUACGGAACCGGCUGGCUGGGUAGCAGCACACGGCCCUCGGGCAACAAGCCCAACAACGGCCACGAGAUGAACAACUACCAGUCUGGAUACAACCAGGGCGGCUACAAUCAGGGCCAGGGCGACUACAGUCAAGGAUACGGCUACACCAGCCCCCCGCCCUAUGGCCAGCCGCCCGUGGGCAAUCAGACGACGGGCACGACGUUCAACGCCAAUGAUGGAUAUUACACCAACCAGCCCCAGUACGGUGUUCAGCCGCCUCAGAGCGCGUACCAGCCUGAUGCUCACUACCAGCCUCCUGCGGGACCUCCUCCUGGAAAGUAAACGACGGCUUAGGAGUACGUGCAGGCUGAUUGAUAAUAUGAUACCUCGGGGGAUAUACAAAGGAGACAGAAAAGAAAAGACAGAAAAACAAGGGGAUACAUCGGAAGGCUUGGUCCGGCGUUUCGGUUGGGCCUAGGGAUGGAUGGAGGAUUGAUAUCCACGUUUGCUUUUUGUUUUGGUCUU